GUGGUUGUGUUACUGAGUAACAUACCCUGGUGGUUGCUUGCGUGAUGAUCUCGAUGCCUUUGUUUCAUACGGCUACCGCUAACAUCCUAGCAUUUGAACGAAAGCAGUCCAUACGUUUCUCACAAAUCUGUACGAGACCAUGACACUUCUGCUGUACGGUGAGGCUGCACGGUCAGCCAGGAGCCGCCUCCGGGAAGCACAGGGAACGAGGAAGUGAAUGUUUAGGUUGAAUCCAUAACACAAUUAAAAUAAAAAUCAUCUUAAUACGUCGGACUUGAUUAUCAUUAACAGAUUGUACAUCUUCAAAAUGCUAAAAGGCGCAUACAAUAGGUGUUUCUGGUAGUAUAUGGUGCACGGCACUAUUACUCUGAGCGCUGUACGUAUGCCUUUCGGGGUAAUGAAAAAGCAAGAAAUAUCACUUAAAAUAACGUUUAAGUAAUAUUUUAAACUUAAUUGUUAGUAGUUUCAGUCCUCGGUGUUUUUGAUAGAAAGGGAUUACGGAUCGUGUAUAUUUCUAUAUGGGAACAAGAGUUUUCGAAACGUAACGCAUAUGUUCUGCUAAAGUUGGACUUUCCAACCCCCAUUUUACUCAACUGCGUCUUCUUCAACGACGGACUUACUCCCUCGAUGGGUGAAGGAGCAGCAUGGUGCGUCUAAUCCUUAUCUUCCUGUGGAUUGGGGUGCCCAUCUCAGGAUGGUACAAGCCUAACGCCUCACCCUCUUUGGCUAAUAUCCCUUUCCUCACUGUCUGGAAUGCCCCAACAGAGCCUUGUAAGUCCAAGUACGGUGUAGACCUGGACCUGGGCAUAUUUGACAUUGCAGUGAAUGAGAACCAAACGUUCAUGGGUGGAAACAUCACCAUUUUCUAUGAGAGCAAGCUAGGGCUAUACCCAUACUACAAUGGCCAGGGCGUGGCCAUCAAUGGCGGUGUGCCCCAAAAUGCUAGCUUGCAACUCCACUUGCAAGCUGCCCAGGCCAACAUCCUGACUGACAUCCCCCAGCCUGACUUUUCUGGGUUGGCCGUGGUGGACUGGGAGAGCUGGAGGCCCCUAUGGUCUCGAAACUGGGACUCGAAGAGCGUAUACUGGGCGGGCUCCAGGGUACUGGUGAGGGCCCGGCAUCCAGACUGGAGCCCAGCGCAAGUGGAGGUUGAGGCCCAGAAGGAGUUUGAAGAAGCUGCACGGGCGUUUAUGGAUGACACCCUGAAACUAGGCCGCAGCCUUCGGCCUGGGGGGCUCUGGGGUUUCUAUGGGUUUCCAAGCUGCUACAACAAUCAAUAUAAGAAUGCUACAGCCAACUACACAGGGGUCUGCCCCCAAGAAGAAGUGCAGAGGAACAACCAGCUGAGCUGGUUGUGGAAUAUCAGCUCUGCCCUCUACCCUGACAUCUACUUGGAGUUGUCGCUGCAGGGCCGGGGGGAGGCCAUCCUCCGCUACACCCGCUAUCGCGUGCUGGAAGCCCUGAGAGUCGCGAGUCAAGUUUCAGCAGCAGCAGCUCCGCCAGUACUGCCCUAUGCACGCAUCGCCUAUACCUACUCCCUCAACUUCCUGUCUGAGGAGGACCUGGUCCACACCAUUGGGGAGAGUGCCGCGCUUGGAGCCGCUGGGGUGGUGCUCUGGGGUGAUUCUUAUUUUGCCAAAUCACAGGCUACCUGCAUCGCCAUCAAGAGCAACCUAGAAGGCACCUUGGGCCGCUACCUGGUCAACGUGACGAGCGCCGCUGCUCUUUGCAGCGAGGCUGUGUGCUCCGGCCGGGGCCGGUGUCGGAGGGGAGACACCUUCCCUGGAGCGCACCUCCACCUGGAUCCGGGGAGCUGGAGCGUGGUCCGGACCGUGGGGCCACACGGGGCCCGCUGGCACAGCCUGAGAACGCGGCAGGGUAACGGCUACGUCCGCGACAUGCUGGCGGGCUUUGACUGCCAGUGCUUCCCGGGAUGGGGAGGGCCGCGGUGCACAGAGAAGAGGUCGUAGGUCACGGGUGUCCAACAGAAGGAGCUGUGCAAGGAGCCACAAGUCCCAUUACUUCCACUGUAAGAAUUAAAUUGUGAUUGAGCUAAGCUGUAGGGAAUCAAAGACAGCCUGUCUGAGCUUGCCACAGUCUGCAGCAGACCCAAGUGAAUCGAGGGAUGUGGGGGUGAGAACAUGAGGAGCACAAGUGGAGACCUAGAAACCUGGAAAAUGCCAUGAAUGUUCCAGUAACAAAAUCUACUGCUGCACGCAGACACAAAAGCAAAGAUGAGAGCACCUUAAGAAAUUUUCAUUUGAGUUUCAUUUGGAAUUAACUGCCUGUAGUAUUAAUCCUUUUCAUUAAUGUGUUCUGAAUAGUGGCACUGCGUGAUACUUCUGUAUCUGUGAACUUAAAAUCUUUGACUACAUCCGGUGUUUCCCCCAAUAUAUACAAAAAAUUUAAAGGGCCGGUUUCUGUUUUGAGGAAAACUGUUCAAAGGUUUCCCUAAUAUUCCCUGGUAUUGACAGAAGAAUAUAGGCCUAACUACAAAUACCUGUUGUAUACAUGCUUUCAUUGUCAACUGUUAUGAUACUAACAGUAUUAACUUUUGACAGAAAAUUUGACGUGUGUGCCUAUUCUGUCUGUACAAGUUACAAACAGCUGUGGUCAUUAUCAAA